GGGAUUUCGGUAUCAACAAGCAUUCGGUCAAGGAGGACUGUAACAACGCAUCGACCGUCAUAGUACGGGUACAUUAGUCCAUUUUUAGGAAUUGGGUAGCAUAGGUGUUUUUGCAUUCGUGUCAUGAAGUGUUCACUCGUGGUAUUAUUGUUGGGGGUCGGUUGUCUAGGAGCUUUCGGGGAUGCAAGACAAGAUGAAUUUCGGAAUGGACCGUUGCUCGAUAGAUUGGUGCGUUCUCGAAGGCAAAGCGGGGGAGUAAACUAUGGCUUUCCCACGUUUCCCGACUUUACCAAACAGGGUCAGUUUGCUCAUUUUGGACAACAAGCGCACGGGGGAGGAUUAUUCUCUCGUAGUGACUUUUCCGAUUUUAUGCCAGAUCCUUCACAAUUCAAGGGCAACCAAGGAUGGACUACAAGAAGCUGUGUAUAUGAUGAGAAAGGAAAAGCAAAGUGCGUAGAGCAACAUGGUGAUAAGCCCAAGCACUAGACGUGAAAGGAGAUAACCUAGGGAGAAAUACGUUUACCCGAAUAUGUUUUUUCAAUACCUGUUAGUUUAAAUAUUGUUUUCGAAUUUCUUCGUUCCUAGGAUUGAUUUUUGAGAUAAUAUUUCAUUUUUUUUGUAAUACACCAGAUAGUCCUAACAACGAACCAUUACGCUAUACUCUCGUGAUUUUUCGGAUGACAUUGUAGGCGGUGAAUAGUCCAAUGAUGAAGAAAAUAAACAUUCGUAGAAAGUU